AUUUGUUCAGACCACACUGGAGGAAGGGACAUUUCCCCUCCACUCGUCUCUCCACUUCCCCCUGCACGGCUCCUCCUUGGCCUGGAGCGGGAUCUCGGGGUGACAGGACAGUUUAAGCAUAACCACCCUCCAUGGAUCUUCCUUACUAUCAUGGCUGCCUGACCAAGCCAGAGUGUGAAGCCCUGCUCCUCAAGGGAGGAGCAGACGGCAACUUUCUGAUAAGAGACAGCGAGUCUGUGCCUGGAGCCCUGUGCCUCUGUGUCUCGUUUAAAAAGCGUGUUUAUAACUACCGAAUCUUGAGAGAGAAACAUGGAUAUUACAUUAUGGAGGCUAAGCCCAGUACUUCAAAAGAGGUCUUUCCAACCCUAGAGGAAAUAAUCUUCAAAUUUAAAACACCAGGUCAAGGAAUGGUGGUUCAUCUUUCAAACCCAAUAAUGAGAAGGAGCUUCUGCCCAAGAGAGAGAAGAUUGAAGCUAGAGUUGAAUGUUUAUGAGAACACUGAGGAGGAGUAUGUAAAUGUCCUGCCUUGAAGACAAGGAUAUUGGACAAGGCAAGCUACAAAAGAGAUGGCUCUGCUCUCAGCUGCCACAUCGUCAAGUGUGAAUCUAAAACACCAAUUUCUAGUGGGCCACUGCGACCCUCUGAUUCGGAUAGCAAGAUCUGUUCUGCAGCCUUGGAGGAGCCAUUUCCCAGACGCCCGCCUUCUGGCACAAUCCUCAAGAGGCCCUAAAGCCACUACUUACUGACCUCUUACUCCCCUAUCUUGAAAUUGGACAGCCAUAACCCAGUCUCCUGUCUGGUUAGAGGCGGCUGGCCUGCUUCAUGGUUGACAGCUUUCAACAGGACAACGGGAAGUGAAGUUUCACACAGCGAGCAGAAAGAGCACUCAACAGUGACAUCAGAGCUCCCAUCCUGUAACUGUGACUUUAGAGAAAUCACCCCCUCGUUCUCAGCUUCUUCAUCUAUUAAAUAAUUGGGUGAUGCACAUGUCUUGGACCCUCCAUUGAGCCUGGUUCUGUCAGGCGGAGCAGGGGUCUGAGCAGCAGGAUGAGGACCUAAGGAUACUGAGAGGAAGCAAACAUGUCCUCCCAACCUGUGAGGUCGUGGUCCUGAUGGAGGUUGUGACCCACCCUGUAACUGCAGGUUUUAUCACAUGAGCUCCAGUUCCCAAAUAAUGGCUCAUUGGCUUGUUAUUUAUGAAUGUCUAAACCUUGAGCUAGAAUUCUGACAAAGUUUGUAACUCAAUUAACCCGUGUAUUCUAUUCUAUGUCUUCCGAAUUCCUGGUUACGUAUCCUCGGUUUCAUACCUUUCAUUUACUCCCAGUCUGGAUGGUGACAAAUUGUCCCAUGCCUGAUUAUUUCAGAGUUCCUGUCUCUCUACCAGAUUUUCCAUCUUCUAAUUCUGCCUCAGAUUAUUUUUUUUUUUGCCAUGGUUCAAUGUAGCCUUUCUUUAAUUUGUUUGAGGAAAUUUCUGCUUAUACAGAUUAAACAAAACUGUGGUAGGCUUUCUAUGCAUUUUAUCCCCGAAAACACCAUGACUGAUUUGCACGUAGAAGGGUCCAGAGGAGUCAAGCCACUAUAAAAACCACUUUCCCUGUGCUGCCUGCUGUGGGCUAGGCCAUGGUGGACAUGGCUUUGGGUAUGCUGGUCAUUAUGAUAGCUACAACCACCUAUUCUUUGGUGAUUCAAUGCUGCCACCUGGCCCUUGCUACUUUGUGGCCCCAGUUAAACACAUUGCAUUUAAUCCAUCCACCUGAGCAGCACUGUUUCUGACUCUAAGGUCUGGAAAUGACUGACAACAAAACUCUUCAAAUGUGCUGGCGCCCCUCUCACCAGUUUAUGUCUUAUAGGAUUCAUGAAGGCCAUGUCUUCUGGGUCUUCCCACUCUAGCACUGCAAGUUUCCUGAGCCUUGAAAUCCCUUCAUCAACACUAAGUUAGGGGAUGUUAGGCAUCUCUAACUCCUUUUCAGUAGGCUAGCUUCUGAUAGAUGCUUUAGGUAAUCAUUCAAACAAACUGCCUCAGAUUAUUGAACAUCAGAUUUUAUUGCCAGGUGAUCCUGCCACAGAGUACAGAGAUUAUUCCUACACCAUCCACAUUUCCUUUCUCUUCAGCUUGGGCUAGUCCACGCUGCUUUCUAAGCUUACCUUCUGCCAGAUGCUCAGUCCUCUGGCAACAGUUUUCCUGAUCCCAAUUCCACAUAUGCAGCACUUUGCUAGCUCUGCCUUCUGGUAAAUGUGAUUAAAACUAUUUAUUUUUAUUACUUUUCUGGUUAGCAUACAAAGAAAUGGGUGUCACUCCAACCUUUUAAUACCUAUAAUCAUUAUAUUCUGGGUUUUUGCUUUUUAUUGUUUCUUAAUUUGUUGUUUCAUUUUGCCUUGUUUUGUUUUCAGAUAGAAUCUUAGUCUAGCCCAAGCUAGCCUCAAACUGGAGGCAAUCUUCCUGCCUCAGCCCACUAAGUGUUAGUCUUCCAGGCACAAGUGACCACUUGUGCCUUGCAAGAACCCCUCUGUCUCCAGAGAGACUCUCUUCUGCCUAUAUCCCAUGCCUUCUCCAUUUUAGCUCUUCCUCCUGACUCAUAGUCUACUUUCUACACUGUGAUGUCCUCCAUAUGUAUUUGCACAUAUUAAUUUAAAUCUAGAUUUUGCAUAUAAGACAAAUGUGGUUUGUCCUUCUGAAUCUGACAAAUUUCACUUAAUAUGAUAAUCUCCAUGCCUGUCCAUCUCUCUGUGUGAUUACUAUAAGUUCAUUACAUAUGUGUACCAAUGUGUGGCUAGUUUAAAGAUGUUCUUCUUUGGUUGGUUCUAUUCCUGCCUAGGUUCUAAGAGCCAUCAGAGCAUGGCUGUGCCCAGCUUUUGGAAAGAGAUGAUGCACAGAAAUGUACCCUCUUUGAACACAGGAAUUAAGUUUCUGAAGAACUGCUUGAAUUGACUUUAAGGCACCUUGAAUUUUUUUGGCUAGUUCAAAAUGUUAAACUAAAGGCUGGAUGAACCUGUAACUCAAUGGUAGAGAACUUGCUUAGCAUGUGCAAAGGCCCUAGGGUCUAAUCAUGAGCACACAUAAAUUAAACAAAGUUAAUUAAGGCCUGGUUAGAACCCAAGUGUGUUGCUAUACAUCUGAAAUCCUAGCUACCCAAGAAGAUUAAGAGUUUGAGGUCAGGGCCUGUGUUCCAACUGCUCCUUCCUCAAGCAGAAUGGUGAUGGCGGUCUUUCAUGAGGAUCCUAGGGAAUCGGGGGAGUCUCUAGACCUGGAGGGUGGAUCAAUGUAUCAAUGUGCUCAUAUUCACUACAUCGUGAAGCUUUUUUGUUUUUCUUUUUGCUUGCUACAUGCUCUCUGCUUUUCUGGUUCUUGUCUAGGAAGGAGUCCUUCCCCACUCCAAGGUCAAGAAAAAAUGAGGCUGCAUUUUCUUCUAUUGAGUUUUAACUUUUACCUUCUACAUUUGGGGAGUAACAGUACAGAGAGGCUUUCCCCUUUUCACUGACAUAUCCAGUGUCCAGAAAACCUUCCACACAUAGUACAUACUAAGUAUCAGUUGAGUAAAUGAUGAAUUUAGACUUAAUCCUGUAUAUCAUAAGAGGUUCAAACCUAUCUCUUUCCUCAACUGUAUUAAGUCAGUUUCAUAUUUCACUAGUAAAAGUUCUAUUCGUUAGUAAUGUAUCUCAGUGAUGGAUUAGCUUAGUAAUCCAACUCUCCAAUUACUCAGAUUAUGGCUUUUUCAUUAUAAAAUAUCAUGUAUAAUAGAUAUCACAACAGUUUUAUUAACAAAGCUUUGUUAUGUCUUACAUCUUUUCCUCUAUAAAUUGUGGCUUGUUGCCCACUUUGUAGGGCAAAUUCCCCUCUCCAAGUUUUUCAAAACUAUCUUAGUUUAGCUAUUUAUCAAUCUUCCAAUAUAAUUGUAAGGUAACUUGCUUGAGAUGUUGUGGUAGAAUUUUGAAUGAAUCUGCCAUGUGAGCUUAACUAAACACUUUCUUUAAUGUGUUGUCUUGGUCAUGGUGUUUUGUCACAGCAUUAGAAAAGUAAGACAGGAAUGCUUAAAUUGUUUUUCAAUCUAAGCCUACUGUUAAAGUUCUUUUUUUAGUAAUAUUUCUACUCUUUUUUUUUUCUCUUUUUUUUUUCCGGAGCUGGGGACCGAACCCAGGGCCUUGUGCUCGCUAGGCAAGCACUCUACCGCUGAGCUAAAUCCCCUAGUAAUAUUUCUAAUUAAGGCCAUUUCAAGAUUUUUACACGAAAAAAGUCUGGUUUAUUGUGCUACCUUUCUGUGUUUACUAAGAUUGUCACAGCUCUUACAUCUUCACUGUGUUAUAGAGUUUAGUCACAAAGAUGAAUGAAAUAAGUAUCAAACUAUCCUUUGCAUGGUUUAACAUGAUGAAUUGUAUUUUAAUAAAUGAUUAGAUUUAAUGAGUUAAUA